AUGAAACUUGAUCCUGUCACUCAAAUGCUUGAGGCUCGGUCUGAUGCUGAUCCUGAACUUAAAGCAUUGAUGACAGCUGUGUCGUCUAGCCAGGCGUCUCAAGAGCAACUUCUUGCUUUUCAGGAAAAUAUUGAUGAGCUCACAGCCGCUGCUUCAUCUACCCAACAAACUCAACCCCUACAACAACCACAUUCACAACAGCAAUAUACAUUAAAUCCAGCAGCAAUACCAUCUCAAAAUGAAGCCAGCUUCUUGGGGAACACAUCUGCACCGGAGCCAAUUGCCAUUGUGGGCAUGGGCUGCAGAUUCCCGGGCGGAAACACCUCAACUUCGAAGCUCUGGGACUUCUUAGCAGAGGGUAAAAGCGGAUUCUCUGAAUUUCCGCCUGAUCGAUUCAGUCCAGAUGCAUUCCGUCAUCCCAACCGUGAACGCCCAGGCAGUAUGGUCAGCCGGGGAGGGUUUAUUCUGAACGAAAAUGCGAAGGAUUUUGACCACAGUCUGUUUGGUUUAUCACCCACGGAGACUCUUACCCUUGAUCCAGCCCAGCGAAAACUUCUUGAAGUCACAUACGAGGCCUUUGAGUCUGCAGGGGAGCCAUUAGAUCGCGUGCGCGGUUCCAGGACCGGAGUGUUCGUUGGAAACAUGAACAAUGAUCAUGAGACAAUGCAACAUCGCGACGUUGAUCACAUCUUACCAUAUACUGUCACGGGAUCAGGAACUACAAUUUUGAGCAAUCGUCUCAGCUAUAUCUUCGAUUUGCAAGGUCCAAGUAUGGUCGUGGACACGGCCUGUUCAGCGUCACUAUACGCUAUGCAUCUAGCAGUUAACGCAAUCAGGAAUAAUGAUUGUGACGCCGCAGUUGUGGCUGCAAGUAAUCUCAUAUUGAGUCCAGACGCACAACUCAUGACGACGAAGCUGGGAGCUAUCUCACCUACCUCAAUAUGUCAUAGUUUUGAUAUAGCGGCUGACGGUUACGCGCGCGCCGAGGGGAUCGGUGCACUCUAUCUAAAGCCACUCUCAAAAGCCAUCUCUGAUGGUGACCCUAUUCGCGCUUGUAUUCGUGGGACUUCAUUCAACGCGAAUGGGAAGACGGGCGGUAUCUCACGACCAAGUGCAGAUGGACAAGAAGCUGUGAUUCGGAGGGCAUACGAGGCUGCUGGUAAUCUAAAUCCAGACGAUACCGGCUAUCUUGAAUGUCAUGGAACUGGAACACCUGUUGGAGACCCAAUAGAAGUAUCCGCAGUGGGGAGAGUAUUCUCCACAGGGCGAUUUGAGGACCCCUUAUUAAUCGGAUCAGUGAAGACAAACCUUGGACAUAGUGAGGCAGCAAGCGGAAUGUCCCAGGUAAUGAAGGCGAUAAUGAGCAUGGAAAAUGAUUUAAUUCCCGCUACCAUUGGAAUUAAACAAUUUAACCCCGCUAUCGACUUUGAUGGGUCUAGGACAAAAGUUGUUACUAAAUUAACACCAUGGCCCAAAGACCGUCUGAAGCGUACCAGUAUCAACUCAUUCGGAUACGGAGGUGCAAACGCCCACUGCAUUCUCGAUCAUCCAAGUAUUCUGUUGCCAGGGUAUAUCCAGCGUGGGCUUCGGAUUUGCAGGUCACUCUUGCCAUAUCCGAGCCAUAAUGAACCUCUCAAUGAAUUCCCCAACGGAUGGGCCAAUGGGGCUAAUUUUGUCAAUAAGGAGAGAAGUCGCAAGGACCUUCAGCUCGUUCCAUCAAGGGAAGCAGCAGUGAGGAGAUUGGUGCUUUAUCCAUUCUCUGCGCACACGGAGUCAUCUUUAAAAGCUCAGAUCGCAUCAUUUGGUCCUACACUUGACGCUUUCAAUCUUGAAGAUAUCUUGUAUACGCUAGGAGCCCGUCGGUCACGAUUCGACCACCGAGGGUUCUUAGUCAAAAGCUCCUCUGCUACGGAAGAGAGCAAGCCACCAAUUCCAGUCGAUUCAAUCACUUUUGGGAAGCUUCCGGACACUCCAGUCACGAAGCUUGGAUUUGUAUUCACUGGACAGGGGGCACAAUGGCCUGGAAUGGGAUCCAAACUGCUUGAAGAGUAUGCAGUCUUCCGAUCAACCAUCACAUAUCUGGAUAGUGUGCUGGACGCAUUAUCCACCAGACCACCUUGGUCAAUUGAGCAAGUACUUUCAGAGACAAACAACACUGAGAUGGUUCACCUGGCAGAGGUGUCUCAAACAGUCUGCACGGCCCUUCAAAUUGCCAUGGUAGAUCUUUUAAGGACGUGGAAUGUUGAGCCUGUAGUAACUGUGGGCCACUCUUCAGGUGAAAUUGCGGCCGCGUAUGCCGCAGGGCGAGUCCUCGCAAGCGAGGCCAUAGUUCUGGCUUAUUCCCGAGGCCAGGCUGUGUCAAGGAAUCAGCAGAAAGGUGCAAUGCUGGCAGUCGGACUUAAGGCUGAAGACGCUGCUAUCUAUAUGAAAGGAUUUGAGCAUGACGUGAAAGUUGCCGCGGUCAACUCUCCAAGUGGGCUGACCCUUUCUGGAGAAAUUGAGGCGGUCACACGCCUUGCUCAAGUACUCGACGGUGAUGGAGUAUUCAAUCGCAUGCUGAAAACAGGUGGCAAUGCUUAUCACUCACACCACAUGAUUCCAGUGGGAGAAGUAUAUGCCUCUCUUGUUAACCAGGGAAUGUGUGAAAUCAAGAAAGCUGGGUUUAGUGAUGCACCUUCAAGAGAUUAUGAUUCCGUUCAUUGGAUCUCGUCCGUCACACCUCAAAAGGCGCCUCCUACUAUGGCAGCUAUUGAUCCAGCCUACUGGCGAGAAAAUCUCGAGUCACCUGUUCAAUUUUCCUCAGCCAUAGAAACCUUAGCACAAGAAUUCCCUGUGAAUCUGCUUAUUGAAAUCGGUCCACAUGCAGCCCUAGGAGGACCAAUCAAGCAGAUUGGUUUAGCCUUGAAGGAAAACAAUGUGAAUCUCCCUCCAUAUCUUGGGAGCCUGAAGCGUGGGGAAAAUGAUUGUCUCAGCAUUCUUACCUUGGCAGGGCAACUGUUCUUGAAGGGCGCGCCGGUCAACCUUGCAGCAGUCAACGCAACUGACUCGAAUGGACAUCUUACCCACGGGUAUCCAUGCAUUGACUUGCCGGGAUACCAAUAUGAUUACGGAAAGACACCGAUCUACUACGAGAACCGCGUCAGCAGAGAAUUCCGUCUGAGGAAGUUUCCUCGCCAUGACCUUCUCGGUAGCAGGCAGCCGGGAGGCUCACCCACACACCCCUCAUGGAAAAAUGUUAUACGGAGCAAAGAUCUCCCUUGGCUGGAAGACCACAAGCUUCAAUCACACGCGGUUCUGCCAGGUACUGCAUAUCUCACCAUGGCAGUCGAAGCUGCGAGACAAAUCGGCUUAGAAGAAGGUGGCGAUGAACACGUCCAAAUCCGUGCUUUCAAGCUACGAAAUGUAGCCAUACGCUCUACCCUUAGUGUUCCAGAUACAGACACCGGUAUAGAGACAGUACUAAACAUGGAGCGACUAAAAUGCGUGGGAAGUCGGUCUUCAAUCGAGCUGCAGUUUUCCAUUUCCUCCUUCCAAGCCGAUGUCGACACCUUUACGGAGCAUUGCUCCGGAUUGAUCAGCAUUGAUAUGACCGAUCCCAUACUUUGGGAUAGACUGAAAGCGGACAAGCGCUCAAGAAAACUAGACAUCACUCGGUGGUAUGACAGGUUUGCAGAUGCGGGUUUGGUCUAUGGACCGGCUUUUCAGGGUCUCUCCAACCUUGAAGCAUUUUGGGGAAGCAAUAUUUCUCAGGCUCAUGUUUCACUAUGUCCUACCGCCGAAAUGGUCAAUGGGGGCGAAUCAAAAUAUUUUCUUCAUCCAGCUACUUUAGAUGCUUGUCUUCAAUUGAUACUGAUCAGCUGUAACGCGGGGCAAGUUGAAAAUAUGAAGUCUGCAUUUGUCCCCAUACAUGUCGGUGAAGCAACUAUAUGGACGAAUGAUGAGUCGGGCACAGAUGACAGUCAAGUUGGACAGGCAAUAGCAACUGGAUAUGCUAAAGGUCUUCGAGCGGUAUAUGGCCGUGUGCAGCUACACUCCUCUUCCGGUAAACCCCUUCUUGACAUAGGGCAAAUUCGAUGUAUCUCCUACGAGGGAGGCUCUAUGGAGUCUGAUUCUAAGGGGUCAAAUUCUGCUCGGGAGCCUUUCUGCAGGACUAUUUGGAGGCCCGAUAUUGACUUUCUGUCCCGGAGCCAGGCAAGUAAAUUGUUUCCGGAGGAACAGAUUUCAAGGGAUACGCUUCGCGAUCUUGACACUUUAGCGGAGGUAUUUAUUACCAAGGCACAGGAUCUCUCCUUCAAUGGAACAGGGGGGCAUUCCGAGUUCGUUCGCUGGGUUUCCAACGCACAGGGGACUGGAAAUCGCGGAAUGAUGGAUACAACUAUCGUGGAUCAAAUUCAUGCUCGCCUGGGGGGGGUUAUGGAAGCUCAAGCUCUCCAAAAACUCUCAGUUCACCUCCCAAAUAUCUUGAGAGGCGAAAGUAACAGCAUUCAGGUUCUUAUGGAAGCUGAUUUGCUUCGAGAGCUUGAAGUCUCGGGUCUAGCAACUCGUGCCGCUACCUCGCAGCUGAGCAAAGUGGUAGACCUUCUUGCCCAUAAGUAUCCAAAUUUGAGCAUCCUGGAAGUUUGCGGUAGAUCUGGAGGUGUCACCAGCGCGGUGCUUGAUACGCUCGAUGCGGAAGACACAUUCAAACGGUUUCAAAGCUACACAUUUACCGAUCCUCAAGGCUGGUGUGUCAAAGAUGCCCAGGGAAGGUUUGCAGACAUUCCUGAUAUGCUGUACCAGACCCUUGAUCUUGACAAGGACCUAGAGAUGCAGAACUUCGAAACACAGAAGUAUGAUCUCGUUAUUGCACCUCCCUCAUUGACAUGGAGUGAUAACCUCCCCACCGCUCUUGAAAAUAUCCACCUCCUGCUCAAGCCAGGCGGGAAGCUUAUUCUUCUCCAAACUGUGAAUGGUGACUUAGCGUUGGAAAUGAUGACGCGAACAUUGGCAGCUCGGUGGGAUCGAGAUUUCACUCCAUUCCGGAGCCAUGCACAGUGGAACAAGGUUCUAUCUACUGCCCAAUUCUCCAACGUUGAACAUGUGCUGAACGAUUAUUCAGAGACAGAGAUCUCUACGGUGAUGGUGACUGGCAAGCUCCCACCACCACUACCUGUGGCUUUGCAACUCGAGGAAUCGUCAGAUGUACCUGCAGUAUAUUUGAUAUAUCGAGAUCAUCCGCCGCCACUCAUUCAAGCUCUUGAACAAAGGCUUGCUGAAAAGGGCCUGAAGCCUAUUACUACAGAACUAUUGUUCGCCACAACGGUCCUUCCAUCUAAUCCUACCCUUAUCUCAUUGAUUGACAUUGAAUCUCCAACAAUCCUUGGUACCGCAGAACAAUUCGAAGCCUUAAGAGACCUAAUUCUCAAGUCUGCGAAUUUAACAUGGGUAUCGUUGGGCAGCUUAGUCCACCAGACUAAUCCAGAAUCAGCUUGUAUGGAGGGUCUUCUUCGUUCAGUUCGCAAUGAGGAGCCACUCUUGAAUAUUUCAUUCAUCGGUCUCGAUCAUGGCUUUGAUGCCGAUCUUGAUAGAGCUGCAGAGCUUUUAGUUUCGGUGGUAACUGGCAUUCAAACUGUUGGCGCCAGCGAAUUCGGAAAAGACCACGAAUAUUCUCUUGAUGACGGAUCGUUGUAUAUUCCACGACACGUCUUUGACAAGACCGCGAACAAUUUUUUCAGCUUGCUUCAUGGCUUCGAUGAUGCAGUUCGCCCUCAAGUUGUGGAUAAAGAAUACCCUUUCCGUGCUUCGUACAAGCAGCCUGGAGUCUUGUCGUCCCUUCAAUUUGAGAUAGAAAACGACUUCUUUCAACCACUACCAGAUGGGUGGGUGGAGAUCGAAACUAAAGCAAUUGGCCUCAUUAUGAAGGACCUUUCUGUGGCACUGGGAAAAUUUGACUGGCCAUACCUGAGCAAUGAAGUUGCUGGUAUAGUGACAAAAGUGGGCCCAAAUACCACCAAGUUGCAAGCUGGAGACAGGGUCUUUGGAGCAAUGCCUGGUAAUAUGGGUAACUACACGCGGCAGCAUGAGACACUUGUUCAAAAGAUACCGACAAACGCAUCUUUCGCCGAGGCAACGUCAAUGCCUAUCUCUCAUCUUGCUGCUGUAUAUGCAUUGAAACAUCUUGGUCGUCUUCAACCUGAUGAGUCGGUUCUGAUUCAAAGUGCAUUAGGCGGACUCGGAAUUGCAGCAAUGCAAGUCGCCCGCAGUGUUGGCGCUAAGAUAUACGCAACUGUUGGAACCGAGGAGAAGAAAAAGCUUCUCAUGAGUGAUUAUGGUAUUCCAGCUGAACGCAUAUUCAACUCACGCUCUCUGGAAUUCACAGCAGAGAUCAUGCGUGCCACGCAGGGCUUGGGCAUUGAUGUUAUUUUGAACUCCACUUCGGGCAAUGCAAUGCAUGAGUCAUGGCGUUGUAUUGCUUCAUUUGGUCGCUUUAUCGAUGUUGGCCGUAUGAAUGUCCUCGCUGAUGAUCAUCUGAGUCUUGAUGUUUUCAAGCGCAACGCAAGCUUCUCCUCAUUUGACAUGGGAGUCGUCUUGACUGAAAAUCCGCGGCUAUUUGCACGAUUGAUGCAAGAAGUUCGAGAAAUGUGGGAGAUGAAAACCAUUCAUCCCAUCACCCCCAUUAAGACUUUUGAUAUCUCAGAACUCGAAGCCGCAAUGAAAGAAUUCGCUAAGGGCACCCACGUCGGAAAGUUCGUGAUCACAUUCGAUAAGCCAAAGUCUGAGCUGAUGCUUUCUCAAAAGCCCCGACGAGUGACUUUUGACCCCAAUUCCACGUAUCUUCUGGUUGGCUGUCUUGGAGGCCUGGGUCGGAGUUUAGCAACCUGGAUGGUCGACCAUGGGGCUCGUCAUCUGGCUUUUCUGUCUCGUUCUGGGGCAGAACGACCUGAAGCAGCAUCGCUAAUUGAAGAUUUGGCGGCGAGGGGAGCUAAGCCGGAAAUUAUUCAAGGCAGUGUGACAGACCGGGACAUGGUCAUGGCGGCUGUUCACCAGAUUUCGCGUGAAAGACCUCUCAAGGGAGUUAUCCAUGCAGCUAUGAGCGAAGGUGAUGCCGUGUUCCGAAAUGCUCAGCAUUCUCAAAUCCAGUCGGUUCUGGCACCGAAAGUCACUGGUACACUCAAUCUACACGAUGCAACUCUUGGUCACGAUCUUGACUUCUUCUUGAUGACAUCUUCCACGGUUGCUGCAAUGGGUACUCUCGCACAGGGGGCAUACUGUGGCGCCAAUGCAUUCCAGGAUGCUUUUGCCCGCCACAGAAAAGCCCAAGGUCUCCCCGCAACCACGUUUGCGGUGGGCUUGAUUAAGGAAAUCGGCUUCAUUCGCGAAGCAACCCCCUUUCAACAGAUGCUCGAGCGCGUAGGUUCCUUUGGUAUCUCCGAAACUGAGUUUUUGCAACUAUUAGAGACGGUAUUGCAUCCUGAUGCACAGUUUGGUUUCCAUUCUGCGGAUCCUCUCUCAUCCGCGCAAAUAUCAAUUGGUUUCGAGCCCGCCCGUCUACAUUCAAAAUUUGCUCAACAUGGUCGAAUGUCAGAUCUAGUGUGGCAUUCCAAUCCCCAUUUCCAAUCUAUCAUCCAAGCAGUCUGUGAUCAGUCAAGCUCAAGCUCUUCGCAGUCCAAGUCAACUUCAUCGAUCCGUGCAAAUAUCGAAACAGCCAGUACAGAAACAGAAGCUAGGAAUAUCGCUCUGGAUGGUGUAGUUGAACACCUUGCAAGACUACUGGGACUUGAAAAACAGGAUGUUAACUCCCAGGCCCCAAUCACGCGAUAUGGUAUUGAUAGUUUGAUCGCCGCGGAGAUGCGAACUUGGCUUAUGAAGACCUUUGGUGUCGAGAUGACCCUUUUGCAACUCUUGAGCACAAGUGUCAAGUCGGACGAUAUCGUGGAAAGCAUCAUCAUGCAGACUUGGAAGUCAAACUAA